GCCGAGUUCAAACUCUCUUCUCGUAUUUUGGGAGAAAAUCUCACUAUUUUGCCACUAAACUAACUUACGUCCGUCCGUAAAGGAAACCAUAGUACCAGUAGAUGUAACCCGAACCAAAGACUAUGGCAGUAGAGACGUGAAAGGGGUUCAUGAGGCUUUUGCUUUAUUGUUGUCAAAUUUGUUUUGGUCGACGAGGCUUCGCGCGCCAACUUCGCCGCGAUUUGCUUUCUCGUCGAGGGAUCCUUGCAUCUGCGGAUCUUACCUCACUACCUGGAAUUAUGCCGUAGUUCAAGGCGAGCAUUUGAUUCGCCGAGCGCGCCUUGUGGGUGAAUACAGUGGCCUCCAGCGCGACGUCCUUCCGAUUCUCUGCUUGACAGUGAAGAGGAAGUAGUGGCAAGGGCCUGCUUCCCGUCCCUGCAGACCACAGCCCAGGCAGCCCAGCAGGCAAAGAUGUCGGCCAGCAAGAGGCGCUCUUCCGUAGGCUUUGCCCUUUCCCCCACCAAGCGGAGGAGCAACUUCGGCGGGGCCAGCUCUGACACGCCUCACUCGCGCCGACAUUCCGUCAUGGACUCUGUUGGCUCGGACAACGUUUUUAUGGAUGUGCCUGCGAAUAACGAUGAGCAGGAGAAGAAAGAGCGGCAGUUGAGUCGCCUGCAGCAGCAGAUGCAGUCAAGGAACUUCUCGUCCCCCUCAGCAACCCCAGGAGACAGAAGGAAGUCUUUAAGCUCUGUAGCUGGACUCCCAAAACCAGCAUUUGGGGUUGCCAGUUGUACACUGGAUGCUAGCACAAAGAUCUAUGCAUAUCGUGUAGAUAGUAUCCACACAGACACCCUUAAGAUGGCAGGUGGACUAGGAAGAACUCAAGACCUCUUCCAGAUCAAGAAGAAAGCUGUAAUAGAAACCAACAUUAAAAACCUUAAUGUAACCCAGUUUGACCUUGAAUUUGAGGUGGAUCCUCUUUUCAAAAAGACUGCAGCACAGUUUGAUGAGGGUCGAUCGGGCAGUGGGCAGUUCCUCAGCACGCUCCAGUUGCUGGAUGAUUCAUGCCAGAUGGUCCUUGAUUCUGAAACCAUCCUCAUGGAUAUGCUCAGGGACAAGGUCCCUAAAAAGACUGAGCUUGUUUUGAUACCAAAGCCAGAAGAUCUUAGCCAAAGGCUAAUUUGUCCAACAUUUGCGCCUUUUGAGUUUACGACAUGGAAAGUUGGUGAUGAGGAUUCUUUCUGUGAUGUUUCAAGGCUACAGGAUAAAGAGGAAGAAGAAGAUCAAGACGCCCAUCGUUUUGAUGUCAAUGCUGUGCCAGAACCUCUUGAGGAUGACCCAUAUUUUGAUGCAGAUGAUGAAGGAAUAGAUCACAUAACUGGAGCUGAUGAUGAUGACAAUGGCACUGUUAUGACCAUUGGGCAGGAGGGCUGUCAGCGUGCUCCGCCUCCCCUCAUGGAAGCUGUUCAUUUGAAGGAACACCUGGCAACCAAUCCAUCUGAGUACUCUUACUUUGAUAGCCGUAUGUCUGCUUGGGCAGGACCUGGCCACUGGAGAAUAAAAGCACUGUCCAAAGUGAGAAGCAUAAAAUCUCAGGCAGAAGAUGGUAAGAAGAAGAAGAAGGAAUUUGUCAGCCUUGUUUAUGAAGAGGAGGACCCCGAAAUCACAAAGCUCUUUGCUGUGACCCGUAAAGCUACAAAGUUAACUCAGACAACAUUCAAGCUGUGGAGCAGAGAUAAGACUACACUACCAGUGGAUCUCCACUAUGAUGGAAGAAAUUUCACAAAGCUUUUUGGACGUCCCGCAAUCAUUAUAAGGAGACAGCAGAAAGCAGCAGAGGUUGAUGACAGUGUGCAGGAAUAUGAUUAUGACAACCAGAAUGAUAGAGAGAACUACUGUGCAGAUAUGGAUGAUGGUGCCAGUGGUUAUGGGGAUCACACAGCUGGUUAUGACUUAACAGACAUCUUCAGCCAGACAGUAAUGGG